CGUCCCCCGGCAAGCGCGCACCAUCACUGCGCCUCGCGACCUCCGCGCCCGUUUCCGCUCUCUCCUCCGGUUGCCGGGCGCCACGACUCGCCUCGCGCUCUGUUUGCGCACAAGCACAAUUACAGCCUCGCGCACGCAAAUAUUUGCUGAGAAAACACAGAAGCACGGAGGGGCGCGCGCGCUCCGCAUCGCCGGUGGGUAUAAAAUGCUCGCGCAGAUAGCCAUGUACAGCGGCGAGACUGACCGGCGCGCGGACCUGCAUCGGUGCACGGAUGGCAGCGAGUGUAAUCAGAACCCUGAGUGGAUUCGGACCGAGCCAUCCAGCUCAGACCUGCUUCAUUCCUGCUGAUGAAGAUGAGCUGGACGACGAGUAUGAAGAUGAGCUCCGGGACGAAGUGGAGGACAGCUUUGAGGAGGAAGAGGACGAUUCCACUGGUGUGGAGUCUCACAUAACUGAUCCAUCAGCCUCUGAUCUGUACAGUGAGAUCACGACGGAUCGCCUCCUACGCUUCGCAGAGCUUAUCAGCAGUGACGUGCAGCGUUAUUUCGGACGUAGCCAAGACUCGGACAUGUGCGACAUGUAUGUAGGGAGGUCACGUCACGAGGUCACCGGCCGGCAACGCUACUAUUCCGACAUAGUUCGAGCGGCAUCGUCGGAGCCGGGGGACGAGUCGGAAAACCUCGGACCACUCGCAGAACUCUUCCAGAGCGCUCAGGUAAAGAAGCAGGGAUUACCCAUGAUUCAGCGGCGUCUGCCCAGCAGCUUCUGGACCGAGCCUCGACCUGAGCAUCUCUGUAUCACCUCCAACAUUCCAGACGUGAUGACGUGUUCCACAGAAACCAUGAACCUUAACGGCAGCGUUCCGGUAAUUAGCAUGAGCAGCUCUGCUACACCAGAUUUCAGUGACUUACUGGAGCACUGGGCUUCAGACAGAGAAACCUGCAGUGACUACAGCUGUGAAUACCAGCUCCCCUAAGAGCAGCUGGAACACACACACACACACUCAUGCACAUACACAUAUACAGACAUACACAUAAACACACACACAUACACACACACACACACACACACAC